AUGGAUGUUUCUUCUUUGGAGGAGUUGGUUUUUGAUCCAUCAAAGUGCAGUACGUUGACAAUGGAGCAAAAGAGAGAAGUAGUCUAUGAAUUAUCCAAGUGGUCAGAUGGUGCAACAGAGAUUCUUCAAGCAUGGAGCCGUCAGGAUAUCUUGCAAAUCCUCUGUGCAGAGCUCGGGAAAGAAAGGAAGUAUACGGGCUUAACAAAGUUAAAGAUGAUCGAACAACUUUUGAAAGUCGUGUCUGAGAAGAAAUCCCUGGAGCGAGGAACUGCAAGUCCUCCUGAAACACGUUUCUUAUUUGAACAUGGUGAAAGGACUCCCAAACGGCAGAGGAAAUCUGAUAACCCGAAUCAUCUGCUUUCUGCAGCAAAUACUGAUGCAUCUAACAUGGUUGAUGGUGAUUUAAUUAAUACCAUAUGCUGCAAAAAUUCAGCUUGUAAAGCUAAACUAUAUCAUGAAGACGUCUUUUGCAAAAGGUGUUCGUGCUGCAUUUGUCGACAGUAUGAUGACAACAAGGACCCAAGCCUGUGGUUAGUUUGCGGCUCAGACCCUCCGUUUCAAGGCAAGUCAUGUGGCAUGUCGUGUCACCUUGAAUGUGCCUUGCGGCACGAAAAAUCUGGCAUCACUAAUAGUAUGCAGGAUAAGAGACUUGAUGGGAGCUUUUGUUGUGUAUCUUGUGACAAGGUGAAUGAUUUGCUCAGCUCAUGGAGAAAGCAACUAACAGUAGCAAGGGAUACGAGGCGAGUGGAUAUACUGUGCUAUAGGCUCUCCUUGAGCCAAAAGAUUCUUGCAGGAACUAAGCAUUACCAAAAUCUAUAUGAAAUCACAGAUGAAGCAGUGAAAAAGCUUGAAGAGGAUGUGGGUCCGUUAACUGGUUUACCUGUUAAGACGGCGAGAGGGAUUGUAAACAGGCUUUCAUCAGGACCAGAAGUUCAAAGAUUAUGUGCUUCGGCAGUGGAUUCUCUUGACUCCAUGCUUUCUAACAGGGUGUCCGAUAUACCUUCUGAUAGCACUAUGGUUGCUGCAAAACUUGUCAGAUUUGAAGAAAACGACAAUAGAGAGAUGGAAAAGCAUAAUUCUCAAAGUGAACAAACAAAAAAAAAUUCUACGAACGUGGAAGUAGAACGAAGCCAAAGUCUGGCCACCAACUGUAGCACCCUUUCUAAUCCUUCUUCAGUUGAAGAUGAAACUAACAAUGUCAUGCCAUGCAGCAUUGGGUAUGAGAAUAGAGGUGAUAAUUAUCGUGCACUUUGUAGAAAUGCCGAUAAAUCUUCUUCUGCAAAUUUUCUUAGUGACACCACCACCUGCUUAGAGAGCCAAAAGGAGACUACUAGAGAUGAAGUCUCUUUAUUGGACGAGAAAAAAAAACAAAACAAUGAUGCUGUUAAUCUAAAAAGCAAAGACACUUUAGAAGGCCAGACGGUUGAGGGAACAAGCACUGAUAACCUGUCAAAUACCCCUAGUCAGGCUGGCUUGGAAUGUGUGCCGUACAUGGAUAGUUCAGAAAAUGGUUUGCCUAUCACCCCCUGCAAGUUGGAGAAUGUAAAGGAUGGGAAUGGAAGGAACAACAGACAUAAACAUGUCGGGAGGGGUGUAUCUGCAAAGGAGAAGGAACCUUCAAAGAAGAAAAGUGAAGGAGACGAAGAUUGUACUGGAAUUGGAGACAAGAAUUUUGAGUAUUAUGUCAAAGUAAUCCGAUGGUUGGAAUGUGAUGGUCAUAUAGAAACAACGUUUAGGCAGAAGUUUUUGACUUGGUACAGCUUGACAGCAACCCCGCAAGAGGUGAGGGUUGCGAAAGUAUUCAUCGACACAUUCAUUGAAGAUCCAGCAUCUCUAGCUGGACAACUUGUCGACACCUUUUCUGAUGUUAUUUCAAACAAGAGAUGUUCGACCGUGCCAGCAGGGUUUUGCAUGAAGCUUUGGCAUUAA